UCAAGUUUGGAACCAUGCAUGUUGCUGUAUUACUUCUUGGGGUGGUUGUGGCCGUUUCGGCCUUACCCCGGACCGAACCCCCAAGCCAAAGGAUUGUGGGAGGCUCUCUGACCACCAUCGAAAUACACCCGUACCAAGCUGCGCUGCUAUCGACGUGGGAUUUGAACUUUUUCAGCCAGAGCUGCGGGGGCACCAUCCUGAACAACAGAUCUAUUCUCACCGCGGCUCACUGCUUCUGGUAUUUUACCGACGCCAUUCGCCACCGCGUCCGCGUCGGUUCCACCUACGCGAACAGCGGCGGCGUCGUCCACACUGUCUUCCAGAAUAUGCUCCACCCCAGCUUCAACCGCAACACCCUCGACAGCGACGUCGCAAUCGUCCGACUGGCCUCCAUUAUCACUUUCAACAACCAGGCCCGCGCGGGAUCCAUCGCUGGUGCUAAUUACAAUGUUGCUGAUAAUCAAGCUGUUUGGGCUACUGGAUGGGGUGCUACAACGUUCAAUGGUCCAGCCUCCGAACAACUCCGUCACGUCCAAAUCUGGACUGUGAACCAAUCGGUCUGCGUGGCUCGCUACAACGAGCUUCGUCUGGUGGUGACCGAUAACAUGCUGUGUUCCGGCUGGCUGGACGUCGGCGGCCGUGACCAGUGCCAGGGCGACUCUGGCGGCCCUCUCAUCCACAACGGUGUCGUUGUCGGUGUCUGCUCUUGGGGACAUCAGUGCGCCGUUGCCAGGUAUCCUGGCGUUAACGCUAGGGUAUCCAGGUUUACUGCCUGGAUCACGGCCAAUGCCUAA